AUGGCCAAGUGCAGCAGAAGAUCCAUAGGGUUUCCUGCAAAUACAAGCCCUGCCCGAGCUGAACGGCGGAAGCCCACCAGUCGAUCGGCCUUUCGCCGUCCGCAGUGCAGUCCAUAUUUCGAGCCUGGAGAUCACCUUGCCCGUGAGAAAAAGACCCAGAUUCUCAACCAUGCUUGUCUUCGAAUUGCCCACACGCUAGGCGACCCAGCUGGAUUCGGUCCUGGGCUUGCUGCGAGGCUCAUCGCCGAUCCCCGAGAUACUGCGAGAGCGAGAAUUCAUGUUCUUGCCGAUCGCUCGGAGGUGCGAGAUACCGCGACGAUUGGAAGUUUCGUGCAAGAUCUUGAAAUUUUUGCCGAUGGCACGGCCCCCAUCGAAGUCGGAAAGUUCUCCAAAGGAGCUGGAGCCCGAGUCCUGCAUCAGGCUGAGAAUACGCACUACAUUUGGUAA